AUGUCAAACAGCAGCAAGGACAGCAGCGACCCUAACAUGUUAGUGUCUGUGAACCCAGCGUACCAACUGAAGGAGGUGGAGUUUUCAUUGCGGAAGGUUGGGUGUAAAGCUAUAGUGUGCCCUACGCAGUUCAGGACUCAGAAGUACUGUGACAUGCUGACACAGAUAUGUCCAGAGAUCGAGUCGUCCACCCCAGGAGACAUCCGGAGUGCCAGACUCCCAGAUCUUCGAUCUGUGAUUACUCUGGGUAAUCGACAGCCAGGAAUGUUCCACCUUGAGGAUGUGAUGCAGGCAGGCAGCAGCCAGUACAUGCAGCAGCUUCAGGAUCUGCAGAAGAAGCUGUCCUGUGACGACCCCAUAAACAUCCAGUUCACUUCGGGCACAACUGGGGCUCCAAAGGGUGCCACCUUGUCUCAUCACAGCAUCAUCAACAAUGCCCAGUUUGUUGGCAAUAGAUUGGGAUACAACUGGAGGCCUCACAUUCGUGUCUGUCUGCCCGUGCCUCUCUACCACUGCUUCGGUUCUGUGGGUGGUGGGCUGUGCAUGGCCUUACAUGGAGUCUCCCUGGUCUUUCCCUCUGCUGGGUAUGAUGGAAAGGCCAAUUUAGCAGCUAUGGAGAGUGAAAGGUGCACAGUCAUCUACGGCACCCCCACCAUGUAUGUUGAUAUGGUUAACCACCCGGACUUGGCUAAACAUGACUUGUCAUCAGUUGAGACAGGCAUCAUGGCUGGUGCACCUUGUCCUCCAGAACUUGUAAAGAAGGUCAUUUAUGUGAUGGGCAUCAAGGAAAUAACAAUUGGAUACGGCACCACAGAGAACAGCCCCGUGACGUUCUUCUCCUCCCCGACAGACAACCUGGAGAGGAAGUGUGAGACCACCGGCUACAUCAUAGACCACUUGGAGGCUAAAAUCGUGAACCCUACAACAGGAGAAGUGGUGCCUCUGGGGAUGACGGGGGAGAUAAUGAUCAGAGGCCACUGUGUGAUGAAGGGGUACUGGGGGGACAAAGACAAAACCGAGGAGUGCAUCACUAAAGACAGAUUUUACAAAACUGGAGACAUUGGCAGCAUGGAUGCGUACAGCUACUUGAAAAUCGAGGGCAGGAUUAAAGACCUGAUCAUCAGAGGAGGAGAGAACAUUUACCCGGCGGAGAUCGAACAGUUCCUGCACACACACUCUAAAGUCAAGGAGGCACAGGUGGUUGGAGUGGAGGAUUCCCGUUUGGGUGAAGAAAUCUGCGCCUGUAUCAAACUGGUGGACGGAGAGGUCUGCACUGCAGAAGAAAUCAAAGCUUACUGCAAAGGACAGAUGGCUUACUUCAAGAUUCCUCACUACAUUAUUUUUAUGACCAGCUACCCGAUCACCACUACUGGAAAGAUCCAGAAGAACAAACUGCGAGUGGUGGCUGAGAAGCAGCUUGGACUGAAGGACAAAUGAGGUUCAUGUAGCUCAUGUAUAAAGACAAUUAAAUUACUCUUCAUCGUGCCGCACAAUCACCAAUUACACAUCCAGAACAUCUGAAAACCUCUUGAGAAAUAAUGGCAACUAAGACCUUGAGAAGACCAAAGCCAACAAUUAAUGGAUCUACGAACAUGUAGUGUUACAAAAACACAAUCCAUUGUUGCACUGGAUGAAAUGUUCCUUCAUUACCAGGAAACACACACACACACACACACACACACACACACACACACACACACACACACACACACACACACACACACACACACACACACACACCUACCUAAUUUAUAAGCUUUAGCUUUUAUCUUCACUAGCUAUCGAUGGGUUUGGGUUUGAGGGUCUUGUUGUAGAUGUUGAACGCUUCUGUUCCACAUCCAUUCUUCUUUUUUAUCUUGCAAAAAGCUAUUCAAAUAUUCUUUACAAGCAAUAAACUUUAUAUCGCAUAAGUAAAACCAGGCGUGGUUGUUUCUCUUUUUAAAGGAAGAAGGAAGAUACUUGGAUUGAUCUCUGUUGCAGGUACACUGUCAUACUAUACUCUGACAUGUUUUGGAAAGACUAUUCUAAUGACUUUUCUAGGACAUUUUUGUGUCACAGUAUAGUAUGUCAUACAGAAAUGUACAGUAGUUCAGGAAAACUCAUAAUAUAGAUUGACAGAAAAUUCAUAGAAAAAACAUUUAAAGUAUCGGUCAUAGGUGUUAAAAUGUCAUGAAAAAGUAUGUCAGUCAUAGUAUUUGUAUGUCAAAAAAACAAAGUUGUAGCAUGUAUGCCAUAUAGAAUUAGUAUAAUAUGUCAUA